ACUCUUUCUCGCUGUUUCUAUUGUUGCUCGAAAUUGCUCAGUGCCUGGCGAAUAUACUCAUGAAUUUCUAAAACUAUACUUGGAUGUCAUAAUAGGAGCAGCAGUAUUCAUAGCUCUUUUGAAUAUGUUGGUUACUACGCGCUACUAAAUCUCCAUCAUGCGUGAAUGCAUUAGUAUCCAUGUUGGUCAAGCUGGAGUGCAAGUCGGUAAUGCCUGCUGGGAACUCUACUGUCUGGAACACGGCAUUCAGCCGGAUGGACAGAUGCCCAGCGACAAGACAGUGGGCGGCGGUGAUGAUUCCUACAACACCUUCUUCAGCGAAACUGGUGCCGGGAAACAUGUACCCAGAGCCGUUUACAUCGAUCUAGAGCCCACCGUUGUCGAUGAAGUUCGAACAGGCACAUAUCGUCAGUUGUUCCACCCGGAACAGCUCAUCACUGGCAAGGAAGAUGCGGCCAAUAACUAUGCUCGUGGACACUACACCAUCGGCAAGGAGCUCAUCGAUCUGGUACUGGAUAGAUGCAGGAAGCUCGCUGACCAGUGCACAGGACUCCAGGGAUUUUUGAUAUUUCACAGUUUCGGCGGAGGGACUGGUUCCGGUUUUGCAUCUUUGCUAAUGGAGAGACUGUCGGUCGAUUACGGCAAGAAGUCAAAACUGGAAUUCGCUAUCUAUCCAGCCCCUCAAGUUUCAACAGCCGUCGUGGAACCCUACAAUUCCAUUCUAACCACGCAUACAACAUUGGAGCAUUCCGACUGCGCAUUUAUGGUGGACAAUGAAGCAAUCUAUGACAUUAGCCGUCGAAACCUGGACAUCGAGAGGCCCACUUACACCAAUCUCAAUCGUCUCAUCGGCCAGAUCGUCUCCUCUAUAACAGCGUCACUGAGAUUCGAUGGGGCCUUGAAUGUGGACUUGACGGAAUUUCAAACCAACUUGGUGCCAUAUCCUAGAAUUCACUUCCCGCUUGUCACGUAUGCACCAGUGAUAUCAGCCGAAAAGGCUUACCACGAGCAGCUGACCGUGGCCGAAAUCACCAAUGCCUGCUUCGAACCCGCCAAUCAAAUGGUGAAGUGCGAUCCCCGACAUGGGAAAUACAUGGCAUGCUGCCUCUUGUACCGGGGAGAUGUUGUACCAAAAGAUGUGAAUGCAGCCAUUGCCGCCAUCAAGAGCAGGAGGACGAUCCAAUUUGUGGACUGGUGCCCCACUGGAUUCAAGGUUGGUAUCAACUAUCAGCCUCCCACUGUUGUACCUGGCGGAGAUCUUGCCAAAGUUCAGCGGGCCGUGUGCAUGCUUGCCAAUACUACCGCCAUCGCCGAGGCCUGGUCGAGAUUGGAUCACAAAUUUGACUUGAUGUACGCCAAGCGGGCCUUUGUCCAUUGGUACGUUGGCGAGGGAAUGGAAGAAGGCGAGUUUUCGGAAGCCAGAGAAGAUUUGGCGGCUUUGGAGAAGGAUUACGAGGAGGUUGGACUCGAUUCAACCGAAGGAGCUGAGGAGGGUGAAGAAGAAGAAUAUUGAUACUUAUAAUGAAAACUAUCGUUUAUUGGAACUUGGACUCUAAAUUUUUCUUUU